AAUGCAAAGUCUAUUGAUUUGUGGAUUAAUAUCAUUAGUGAAAUGUUGGUGGGAUUUAGGACACAUGAUGACAGCCUAGAUAGCUAAAAACUAAUUAAGAAAUGAUAGACCAGAUGUUUUAGCAUGGGCAGAUUCAUUAGUAUAAGAUUUGAAUAAUUUGACUGAUGGAAGAACAAAUAGUUUUGUUGAAGCAGCAGUAUGGUUAGAUGACAUAAAGGAAACAGGAACUUCUUUUCUUAAUGAUUGGCAUUAUACAGAUAAACCAAUUAAUCCUGAUGGGUAUAAAGUAUAUCUAUUAUAUUAUAGACUCUUAAUUAAAAUUGAAGAUUAAGGUAGGAAUAUAAAUUCUAUAUAUGCUAUAAACUAAGCUACAGCUGUUUUAACUAAUAGUAAGACUGCGAAGUAUCGUCAUACUAUGUUUAAGGCUUAGAUGUUAAGAGUCUUAUUACAUGUGAUAGGAGAUAUGCAUUAACCAUUACAUGACACUACAUUUUGGAAUGAUACAUAUCCUAAUGGAGAUGCUGGAGGUAACUUUAUGAAGAUCCAAGUAAUUAUUUCUAUUUAAGAUUUAGUUGAAAAAUGGAAGUUUUGUUAAUUUCCAUUCAUAUUGGGAUGCUGUAGCUUUUACUAUGGUUUCUAAUACUACAUUUAUGUCAAGACCUCUAUCUUAAUCUGAUCAUUAAAAUCUUGAUAAAUAGUCAAAUGACAUAAUUAAUAAAUUCCCGAUUAAUAAAUAUUAGAAAUAUGACAUGACGUAUUUGACGUAUUAUAUUUUAGUAAUCCAACUGUAUGGUCAUUACUUGGAUUUAGAUAGGCUUAACAAUUUGUUUAUCCUAUGCUCUAGAAAUCCAAUACAUUCAAUAGUGAUUAUGAGAUAUAGGCUAUUGAAUUUUGUUAAGAAAAUCUUGCUAUUGGUGGAUAUAGAUUGGCAGCUAAAUUAAUUGAAAUUUAUGAUACUAUAUUGCAAAAUGAAAUUAGACUAUCAUAAGUUUAAUGA